UGGGAGGGGGAGGGGGAAGAGCUGCAGUAAGUAAGGCCAGAAGAUAUGACGAGAUUGAAUCCUUGAGAUUGCAUAAUUUUGUACACCGGCCUUGGCUUUUCCCUUCUCGCACCUCCCUCUCUUCAAUCCCACCCAUUUCUCUCCAUUUCCUCCACCCUCCGUACUUCAUCCUAUCCCCAAUUAAACGAAAAAACUGCCGAAAUCUAUGGUAGUCCCCUCGGUCGCCACGCCGGAGGCCAGACCGGACACACCGGAACCGCGGCUGAUGAGCAGCUCAGCCCAGCAGACGCCGCCGCCGUUGGUGUUCGACGCGGCUAUCCUCAGCCAGCGCCCUGACAUUCCGGUCCAAUUCGUCUGGCCGGAGGAGGAUAAGCCCACCCCGGACGCCGCCGAGGAGCUCACCGUCCCUCUGAUCGACCUUGGCGGCUUCCUUUCUGGCGACCCCGCCGCCACCGCCGAGGUCUCCAGACGCGUCGGGGAGGCGUGCGAGCGGCACGGGUUCUUCCAGGUCGUCAACCACGGCAUCCCCUCGGCGCUCCUCUCUGAGGUCCAUAGCUGCGUCGAGGCCUUCUUCUCGAUGCCUCUCUCCGAGAAGCAGAGAGCCCAGAGGAAGCCCGGCGAGAGCUGCGGCUACGCGAGCAGCUUUACCGGGAGGUUCGCCAAUCGGCUCCCGUGGAAGGAGACCCUUUCUUUUCGCUUCUCCCCCUCUCCUCUCUCCCCAAAUAUCGUCCAGGACUACUUCGUCCACACUCUCGGCGAAGAUUUCCGGCACUUCGGCACAAUCUACCAAAACUACUGCGAGGCGAUGAGUAGGCUGUCAUUGGAGAUAAUGGAGGUUCUUGGGAUGAGCCUUGGGGUGGGGCGGGCACAUUUUCGGGAGUUUUUCCAAGGGAAUGAUUCGAUCAUGAGGCUGAACUACUACCCACGGUGCCAGAAGCCCGAGCUGGUCCUCGGCACCGGCCCCCAUUGCGAUCCCACCUCCCUGACCAUCCUUCACCAGGACGACGUCGGCGGCCUCCAGGUGUUCACCGAUGGCAAGUGGCGCACCAUCAGCCCCAAACUCAAUGCCUUCGUCGUCAACAUCGGCGACACCUUCAUGGCGUUGUCGAAUGGGCGGUACAAGAGCUGCCUGCACCGGGCGGUGGUGAACAGCAAGGUGGCGAGGAAGUCUUUGGCCUUCUUUCUGUGCCCGGAGAUGAACAAGAUAGUGCGGCCGCCGGAGGGCUUGGUGAACGCCGGGCACCCGAGGGCCUACCCGGACUUCACGUGGUCGACGUUGCUCGAGUUCACCCAGAAGCACUACAGGGCCGACAUGAAGACGCUCGAUGCCUUCACCAAGUGGAUCCUCCAGGCCGAGGGGACUGCGCCGCAGUGAAGGCAUAGCCGGGGAUGUUCCUUAUUUUGUUCAUUUUUGUUAGCUGGUGAAAUCUUUUCGAUCCAACUAUCUAGCUUGGGGGAGGGAGGGAGGGAGGAAGAUAUGAUGUGAAGAAAAAUAACGAGACUAGGAAAUAAAACAGAAGCAAGCGGAGGAGCAGAGAAACCUGUUACCCUUUUUCACUGGAGCAGCCACUGUUAAUACCACCUGUGAAAACCAUAGCUCAUAAAGGCCAAAGCAUCUCUUAUUGUCGCUCUCUACUUUUUUUUCUCUUCUUUUUGUUUCCUUUUUUUUUUUUUUUUUCAUUUUCGAGCUACAAAAUGGAGAAAGGGAGUUAGGAGCAUCCAAUUUGGCUUAUGAUA